CACGGAUCGGUACAAUUGGCCAUCUAAACCACAAAGAUCUCCUGAAAAAGAAAAAUCCACAAACAGCUUAUCUCCCCUUCAAAUCUCAGUCGCUAUAACAUUAACAGCACCAUACCAUACUACAAGCUCCCAAAUCGAGCUCGUUAAACCAAAGUAUACCAUUCCCAAUAGUUGCGUCGUUAAACCAAACUACAAGCUCCGAAAUAUUGCACUGGUUUUUUCAUGGGGAAAACUCCUGUCUACAGCUGACUGCACAAUGGCUUCCAUCCCAAUAGCUUGGAAUAAUGUGUCUCCCAUUGCUCAACAAAGGCUGAAGGUGAAUAAUGUUCUUGCUGUAAAUUACAGUUCUUCUGCAAAACGCGAAAUCCUCUUUUAUAAACUACCCAAGAAUCGCUCGUGCCCUGUUUCUAGUUCUGUGCUGUUCAGUUAUGGUACUCGUAAAUCUCCGAUUAGGUUGUUAUGUUCCUCUGCAGACGAGAAGAUUGACAAGAAAAAAUCAAUCGAACCACCUCAGAGGAAGUUUUCUCUGCAGUUGCGGCGUAGGAUACGGUCACUGUCUCAAAGAUUCAAAAGGGUUUCGAUUGAAUCGCUUCUAGACCGCAUUAGAUCAUUUCACAGCAGAAAUGCCAAGAAAAUCACGGUUUCUGUUGGCGUAUCGAUUGUCUUGGGUCUGUGUUUCUGGUUCCUCAAAGUAACUUCCACGCCCGUCCCAAAAGGCGUGCCCUACACGCACCUGAUUGAAAAUCUUCAGAACAAGAGUAUUGCCUGUGUUAUGUUUGAGGAAGGCACGAGUCAGAUAUUCUACUGCACCAAAUCCUGGGUCCAAGAAAAGGCCCUAGCCGAGGAUGACAAAUCGAGCCUUGAUCCUGAGAAAGAUGUUGUGGUUGGGGAAGAUUAUAUGCUUCAGAAAUUGGUUAAUUCUAAAAAUCAGAAAAUCGGUUGGGAAUAUUCGACGAGAAAGAUAGAUCAUGAUGUCGGUUAUCUUCUUGGUUUGGCGAGGGAAACGGGUGCUCUGUAUGGCUUGGUACGUCGAUCCGUUUUGAAGUCGAUGAGGGAUGUGCUGGUCACAACACUCAUGUUGUGGGUCCCAUUGAGUCCUCUAAUGUGGAUUAUGUACCGGCAGCUUGCUCCGGGUAAUGGUCUGGCUAAGAAGAGAAAGAGUAGCAACAGAUUAGUUAGCUUUGAGGAUGUCGAGGGUGUGGAUAGUGCAAAGGUGGAGCUGAUGGAGGUCGUCAAUUGCCUCCACGGAGCAGUUAAUUACAGUAAGCUUGGGGCAAAGCUACCCAGAGGUGUGUUGCUCGUUGGUCCACCAGGGACAGGAAAGACUUUGCUGGCACGUGCUGUGGCUGGGGAGGCCGGGGUACCCUUUUUCCCGGUUUCUGCUAGUGAAUUUGUCGAGCUGUUUGUGGGACGUGGGGCCGCUCGCAUAAGGGAUCUUUUCAAUGUUGCGAGGAAGAAUGCACCCUCGAUUGUUUUCAUAGACGAGCUUGAUGCGGUUGGUGGAAAGCGUGGGAGGAGUUUUAAUGACGAACGAGACCAAACUUUAAAUCAGUUGCUGACAGAAAUGGACGGUUUCGAGUCCGACAUAAAUGUGGUUGUUAUAGCCGCAACAAAUAGACCAGAGGCUUUGGACCCGGCACUGUGCCGGCCAGGCCGUUUCUCAAGAAAAGUGUAUGUGGGUGAACCCAAUGAAGAUGGUAGGAAAAGGAUUAUAGGCAUACAUUUGAGAGGAGUUCCUUUGGAGGAGGACACGAGCCUUAUUUGCAGCUUGGUUGCAUCUCUUACUCAAGGCCUCGUUGGAGCUGAUCUUGCAAAUAUCAUUAAUGAGGCUGUCCUGCUUGCCGCGCGAAGAGGCGCUGAAAUCGUGUCGAGAGAGGACUUCAUGGAGGCUGUAGAAAGAGCAAAGUUUGGGAUAAACGAAAGGCAAACGGCACUAGGCCAGAAGCUCGGAAAAUUAUUUCCUUGGAUGAUGCCUUCCAUAAAUGGUGGGCUGCAGAGCCCACCGGGCUAUCAGACAUUAAGCUGAUCUUGGAAUAUUAUUUCAUUGAAUCCUUUUUUUUUUUUUUUUNUUUUUCUUGUUGGGCCGUCGUUAAAUUUUUUGGGCCAUAUAAUACAUGUGUUGUUGUCAAAUCAGCAGUAGAGCUCGCUCCCAUAAUAAUGGAGCCAUGUGAUCCACAUGGUUUUUUGAAGGCAUGCUUUUAGAUAUUGUCUGGUUGAAUUCAAUUCAUCAAAUGCAGCAUGUGCAAUGUAGGUCAAAGGAUAUUUGGCCACAUGUUAGGCAUGCAUUAAAGCUGUCCCAAAUGAAGUAGGAAUGAGAGAUGGUCUUGUUUUGUCCUUUUGCCUCUUCAUCUGUUUUAAGGAGUUUCAUAUGAGCUGUCGGAUCGCACACAUUUAUACAUUCAGAUCUCUG